UUGAGCCGCUGCAAACAACCGAAACAAUGUCCACUCACGACGGCGACUGACGCCGAAUUGAGUGUGAGUGAAUAUUUGAAAAUUUUGUCAACUUUAUAUAACUUUGUACUUUCAGGUUACAGCGUAGAUGAGAUUUGGCUAGAUGAGAGAAAUGUAGAUUAUAUCAGUGAUGAUUACUUGGGAACGUCCAUUAGUAUCCCAAAAUUCGUGCUUGAUACUUUAAUAACAUGCCAAAUCAAAUUUCCUAAUGGUGCCAUGUACGAGGCGUACCCCAACAAUAAAAUUCCAUACAAUAAUAUUUUCUUCAUGAAGGCAGUUGAACCUUUUUUGGCAUGCGCUGUUGGUUUCAGAGGUGUUGGUGUUGAGUCCAGUGGUACCUAUGAAUUACUAUCUUACGUAAAGCAUGUAAAAGAUAAUAGCACCUCACUGACACGACAAAGAUUUAACUUAAAAGUCGCCCUCCCGGAUUUAACAAAGUAG